CUUUCUCGGCCGGCCAGACGAUGCGGCUGGUCGGCUGCGUCCAGCUCUACCUGGAGGCGCUGCAGAUCUUCCUCAACACACUGCAGGGCCCGCGCCAGUACCCGCUGCUGCAGUCGGGCGUGAUCCAGCUGCUGCACCGGCUGGUGGUGUGCCUGGAGGAGGAGGUGCUGCCCUACAUCCCGGCCGCCUCCGAGGCGCUGCUGCGCUCCGCUGACGUGCGAAAGGUGCAGGAGUACCUGCCGCUCAUCAACCAGGUGGUCGCCAAGUACAAGCUGUCGUGGCUGUUUCAGAAGGAAGUGAUCCCGUUCGUGACGCGCGCCUUCAUGCCCAUCGUGGAGACGAUCUUCGCCGGACUGCGCCAGCCCAUCGACGACGACGACGAGGUGGCGCGGCGAGACCGGCAGACGUUGCAGCGCUGCUACUACCUCUUCCUGGCGUCGCUCGUCUCCAACAACGUGCUGGAGGUGCUUGCGCAGCAGCAGCCGCAGCACCUGCACGCCGUGCUCCUGUCCGUGGUGCAGGGGGCUGUCGAGCUGCCUGACCCCGUGGCGCAGCGCUCGUGCUUCACCAUCCUCCGGCGCGUGACGGAGGCGUGGGGCCGCGAGGGACCGGCCGACUUCGCCGCCUUCCUGUACGAGCACGUGGUGCCGGCCUGCUUCCGCGCGCCACUCAGCAGCACGUUCGACCUGUCCGACGCGCAGACCAUGCAGGCCCUGCACGAGUCGGCCCUCUGCCUGCGCACCGUCUACGAGCAGCGGGGCGAGGAGCUGGUCAGCUACCUGCAGAGCCGGUACAUGCCCACGCUGGACCUGGAGCCGGACGUGAUCCAGCGCUUCUGCCAGGCGCUCCGCUCCGACAGCAAGAUAUUCCGCAACUACACCAAGAUGUUUUUCCGCCAGGCGCGUUCGUGACCUGCGCUGGCGUCGGCGGCCGGGCCUAGUCAGUGUCUUUGAAUGCUCCAGCCGACGCGGGCGGGCACCGCAGGACCCUCAGCGCUGACGGCCGUGAUGGCUGGUUGGCCAGGUGGCACCACUGAAACUCAAUCGACGCGUUGCGACGCUUAAAGCGUAGGAACAUAUCGCCACGCCUGCGUGCGAGCGCGUGCGUCCGUGUCGUUUGCGUGUGGUGUAAGCGCGUGGAGGCGGCCUGCCGCUCGGUGGAUGCGUCCACCUUGUCUGCUCUUGCGGGGCCGUGAGUGCCCGGGACGGUGUUUCUGUGAUACGCACCACCGCUUGCGGAGGUGCGGGCUGCGCCAGCGACAAUGCGCCGGCGGUGUCUGCCGCGCGGGGGUGGCUUUCUCGUGGUCGUGCUCACGUGUUAUUGUGGUAUUUUGUAAGAAUUCCUCGCAACUUGUUCCGAUUAUUUCGAGUAUCGCAUUGCACUGGAUGUGGCAGUCCCCCCUCACGAAUGAUCCAAAGUACCCCGACGGCUGGUGCGACCUGAGUUUGUCAGCCUCGCGGUGUUGCGUCGACGUGUUCCUUGAUCAGCCGGGGGGCAACGAUCGCGGGGUGCCUGGCCAGCGCCGGCGGCUGUGCAAUGUUCCGGUGAGGCCGUCUGGUGGCGGCGCCCCGCCUCAGCCUCGCCCCGGACCCUCCGUCGGCUCCCGCCCGUCGGGUCAUGUGGUCGCCGCCGAGUCGUCGGA